AAUAAGGGCUGUUCUCGGCGGGGUUUGAGGGCUGGGGCGGCGCGCGCUUUUCAAUCCCGCUCUGCCUGGGCCCCGCAGCGAUGAGUCUCUGGGCGGACAAGUACCGGCCCUGUGCCCUCGGCAGGGUGGAUUAUCACCGCGAGCAGGCGGCCCAGCUCCGCAACCUGGUUCAGUGUGGUGACUUCCCUCAUCUGGUAGUGUAUGGACCAUCUGGAGCUGGAAAAAAGACCAGGAUAAUGUGUUUGUUAAGGGAGCUGUAUGGUGCAGGAGUGGAGAAACUGAGAAUUGAACAUCAGAGCAUAACAACACCCUCUAAAAAGAAAAUUGAAAUUAGUACCAUUGCAAGCAAUUAUCAUCUUGAAGUUAACCCAAGUGAUGCAGGAAACAGUGACCGUGUGGUAAUUCAGGAGCUAUUGAAGACAGUAGCACAAUCCCAACAACUUGAGACAAGUACUCAAAGAGAUUUUAAAGUGGUGCUGCUGACAGAAGUUGAUAAACUUACUAAAGAUGCUCAGCAUGCGUUGCGAAGAACCAUGGAGAAAUAUAUGGCCACCUGCAGAUUGAUCCUGUGUUGCAAUUCCGUUUCAAAAAUCAUUGCACCUAUUCAAAGCAGAUGUCUGGCAGUGCGAGUGCCUGCUCCCAGUAUUGAAGAUAUCUGUCAUGUGUUGUCCAGUGUGUGCAAGAAGGAGGGGCUGACUCUUCCUCAAGAUCUGGCUCGUAGGCUAGCAGAAAAGUCUGGCAGGAAUCUUCGGAAGGCACUGCUUAUGUGUGAGGCUUGCAGAGUCCAGCAGUAUCCUUUCACUUCAGAUCAGGACAUCCCUGAGACAGACUGGGAGGUAUAUCUGAGAGAGACUGCAAAUGCUAUUGUCAGUCAGCAGACUCCCCAGAGGUUACUUGAAGUUCGUGGACGGCUUUAUGAACUCUUAACCCACUGCAUUCCUCCUGAGAUAAUAAUGAAGGGCCUUUUGUCAGAACUUCUAAAUAAUUGUGAUGGGCAACUAAAAGGAGAGGUUGCACAGAUGGCAGCCUUCUAUGAGCACCGACUGCAACUGGGCAGCAAAGCCAUUUAUCAUCUGGAAGCAUUUGUGGCAAAGUUUAUGGCACUUUAUAAGAAGUUUAUGGAGGAUGGACUAGAAGACAUGAUGUUCUAAGACAUCACUGAACUUACAUAGUAUAAUAUAUGUCACAACAUUGAAAGUUCUGCUAAUAACAUAGUCUACUCCUAUGAGACUUAUGUUGUACAAGCCAUAGGUCAAAGUCAAUAAAAUCUCAUU